AUGGCUACACACUCCGAGAGCCGGUCAACCGAUCGGGAGAACCUGUCGGUUGCACAAGUCAUACCACAUCGGCAACAUAAUGAGUCCCCCUCGCAGAAGACGGCUAUGCCUAGAUGGCCCAGAUGGCGACCCAAAGGCUCAGAAACAAGCAGUGUCGCUCGCGCCUGCAGGUGGGUGGUGGACCGCCAGAUCAGUAUCUCCUUGAAUUUCGUCGGCUUACUCUGCUUCGCACACAUGUUCUUUCCUCAAACACAGCAUCACACUCAAAAGUUCUUCCGAAUUUCCUAUUUGAACGAGUCGACGGGAAAAUAUGCUCUGGGCUGGGAUGACAUAUUUUUCGUCUUCUACUGGAUCAUUGUCUUCACGGGGCUGAGGUGCAUAAGCAUGGACUAUAUACUGAGCCCGCUUGCUGAAGCAUGUGGGAUACGAAAGAAGAAGGCCAAGGUGCGCUUUGCAGAGCAAGCCUGGAUCUUGAUAUACCCUGCCUUUACCUGGACCACAGGGAUGUACAUCUACUAUCAUUCGGAUUACUGGUUGAAUCUCAGAGCUUUAUGGCGUGACUGGCCAGUCCGUGAGAUGGAUGGCUUGACCAAGUGGUACUAUCUUGUUCAAUUCGCAUUUUGGUUGCAACAGAUCGUGGUCGUGAAUAUUGAAGAGCGCAGGAAGGAUCAUUGGCAGAUGUUCUCACACCACGUUGUGACCUGCGCCCUCAUAUUCUGCUCUUAUGGGUACCACCAGAGCAAGGUCGGCAACCUCAUACUGUGCCUGAUGGAUCUGGUUGACAUCAUCCUCCCUGCAGCCAAGCUUUUGAAGUAUCUACGUUUUCAAACGACGUGCGACAUCAUGUUUGGUAUCUUCAUGGUAUCCUGGUUCAUCACCAGGCACAUUCUGUACGUGUGGGUCUGCUGGUCGAUAUACGCUCACAUCCCUGAAGAGAUUCAAUAUGGAUGCUAUAAAGGCAGCACACAAGACCUACAAGGCCCGUUUCCAACACCUAAUAACUGGGUGCAUCUCACCUGGCCGUUUAGAGACCCAGUGGGCUUAGUAUGCUGGAACAACAACAUCAAAUGGGGAUUUCUGGGCAUGCUACUAGCUCUGCAGGUGAUCCUAUGUAUGUGGUUCAUCAUGAUUGUCAGGGUCGCUUACAAGGUGGUCACUGGACAGGGAGCCGAUGAUUCGCGUUCGGAUGUUGAAGAUGAGGACGACGAGGAAGAAGAAGAGGAGGAAGGCCUUGUCUCGAAGCGCAAUCUGAUGGACAAAGUGAACACUUGCAUUGACCCAAAGCCAUUUGUGGACACAGCUGCUCUUCAACGCAGUGGGCGUCCCCAUACACCUUUACACAAGUCCUCAAGGCGAAAAGAUGGCAGUGGACACUCGAGUGGUAUCAACGUGUUAGGUAGCAGUUCGGACAGGAAAGAGUUGCUCGGGAGAAUUGGUUGCGAAAAGCCUACGAAUUGA